CAAAACCCCCCUCAGAUUUUUAUUAUCUUCACUCAUCACUGCAGCUUCAUCAUCAUCAUCCCCCACAAACAACCUUCCUUUCUCUCUCCACUCUCUAUAAGCUUCAUUUUUUUUUUCUCUUUGUAUGGACAAAGAUAUAUCUGUUUUGCUCAAAACCCUAACCUCUAAUCUAAUCAUAUACUCUUAAAAGUCUAUGUUCUUAACCCUAGAUGUUUCAGCCAUGGACUUAACAGCCACUGCCAUAGCCACCAACACAACCACCGCCGCUAUCAAAACCCCAGAAGUUGAAAGUGAAACCCCAACUCGGAUCCAAACCAGUAAGCCCUUAUACUUCUCCAACGGCGUCCUCAAGCGCCACCAACGCUUCCGCCACAACCCACCGUUGGUGGUCACUUAUAGAGAAUGUCUCAAGAACCACGCAGCCAGCUUGGGUGGUCACGCGGUGGACGGCUGUGGAGAAUUCAUGCCCUCUCCAACCGCCACCCCCACAGACCCCACCUCGCUAAAAUGCGCCGCCUGUGGCUGCCACCGCAACUUCCAUCGCCGUGACCCAGAAGAGGCUCUCACACCACCCAAUAUCCCCACCAUCGAGUACCAACCGCACCACCGCCACCAUCCUCCGCCACCACAACCUCCUCCACGUGGCAGCAGCCCAAACUCACCAUCCCCACCACCGAUCUCCUCUUCCUACUACCCUUCAGCUCCCCAUAUGCUCCUUGCACUCAGCGCCGGCUUAUCGGGUCCACCACUGGACAACAAUCAAACAAUUGCAAGCACGGCCGCCACUACAGGUGGUGUAAUUGCAAGCCCUAGUGCUCGGAAACGAUUCAGAACCAAAUUCACUCCAGAUCAGAAGGAAAAAAUGUUGGAAUUCGCGGAUAGACUCGGGUGGAAGAUGCAGAAGAGGGACGAGGACUUGAUCAAUGAAUUCUGCAGCGGAGUUGGUGUGGACAAAGGCGUGUUCAAGGUUUGGAUGCAUAACAAUAAGAACACUUUUGGCAAGAGAGAGAAUGCUACCAACAUCAACGACAACAAUGGUAAUGGUAAUGAUAUUGGUAUUGGUUUUGUUAGUACGAACAGUACUCUUGAAACCACCACCACCAAUGCAACCCACUACCACCACCAAAAUGAUGACAAGGACGACAACCACCAUCAAAACCUAAAUCCCCACCUCCACAGCAGUGACAGUGUUAGUGCUCAUGUUGUUCCUACUAAUGGGUCUUCUUCUUCUUCUUGAUCUUUGAUAUUAUGAUGGUUAAAUAAGUAUUAGACAGAGAGAGAGAGAGAGACAGUGAGGCUGGUACUGUUAAUUAGUUCCUUCUAUUAGUUUCUCAUUAAACUUGUUUAUUUAUUAGAUUGUCAGUGAUCACUUUGUUGAGGAUAACAAUGGAAACGUUGUUCAAUGGGCAAUUUGAUUUCUUGCUUCUCUUUCUUUGCUUGAACUUAC